AUGGCACCGCAGAAGAUCAAGCAAUGGAAGUCCGGUCAGGAUGGUCUGGACAAGCUGUACAUGGAAGAGGCGGAUAUCCCUACACCAGGCGAGGAUGAAGUGCUCGUCGAGAUCCAUUCCGUCUCACUGAACUACAGGGACACAGAGGUUUGCAUGGGCCUCUACAACCACCACAAGCAAGUUGAGCAGCCUCCCGCCAUAGUUCCCGGUAGCGACAUGUGCGGCAUCGUGGUUGCUGUGGGCCCUUCCUCCAACAACACAAGUGACCUUUACAAGAACCCGGCCUUUGCCCUCAAAGAAGGUGACCGCGUCGUUUCGACUUUCGCGCAAACCCACAUCACUGGCCAAGUGCAAGCGCGCGACAUGACCAACGGCCUCGGCAACCCACUUCCCGGUGUCCUCACACAGUACCGCGUCUUCCCCACCUACGGCCUGCUCAAGGUGCCCGAGUACCUCUCUUUCGACGAAGCAGCAUGUCUGCCUAUCGCAGCAGUGACAGCCUGGAUGAGUCUGAACUGCAUGCGCCCCAAGGGUGAAAUCAUUGGUACCGGCGAAACCGUUGUAUGCCAAGGUACCGGUGGUGUCUCGAUAUCGGCAGCGCAAAUCGCUAGCGCAGCAGGUGCUGACGUUAUCAUCACAUCCUCGUCCGACGAGAAGCUGACACGCGCAAGGAAGCUCGGCGCAAAAGAUGGCAUCAAUUACCGCAACACGCCAGCUUGGGACGAUGAGGUUUUGAAACUGACGAAUGACCGCGGCGCAGAUGUCGUUAUCGAAGUCGGUGGGGCGCAAACACUGCGCAAGUCUUUUGAAGCUGUUCGUUUCGGUGGGCUGAUCGCUUGCAUUGGCUACCUUUCUGGCAAGCAGGAUGCAGAGGGUGACAGGACGAACACCAACUUGCUGUGUUUGAAGAGGAACGUUACGCUCAAGGGCAUUAUCAAUGGCCCACGCGACGAGUUCGAGAGGAUGCUGAAAUUCUAUGAUGAGAAGAAGAUCAAGCCUGUCGUGGAUAAGGUGUGGAAGUUUGAAGAGGCAGAUAAAGCACUCCAGUACCUGUUCAGCGGUGGGCACUUUGGUAAGGUCGUCAUCAGGGUUAAGGAGUAA